AUGCUCAGCCUCAUCAAAUUACCACGAGUCUUCAGCAUCAAUCAAGUGCCCAAAGUUUUCCAUGAAGACAGCAUCAUCUCCGGCUACCGCCACCCUCGCAGCUCGGCCACUGACUGCAUCCUGAGCCUCUUCCAGCUGACCAAUGAGACGCUAAAUAUCUGGACUCACUUCCUGCCGACCUGGUACUUCCUAUGGAAACUAGUGACGGUGGUGCUGAUGCAGACAGCAUGGCAGGACUCCUUCACCUGGCCUCUGGUGAUUUUCCUCAUCUCCUGCUGCAUUUAUCCGCUGGCAUCCAGCUGUGCUCACACCUUCAGCACCAUGUCAGCUCGGGCACGCCACAUCUGCUUCUUUUUUGACUAUGGCGCCCUCAGUUUCUACAGCCUGGGGUCAGCUAUCACCUACUCAGCCUAUGUUUUCCCGGACAAGUGGGGGAACAGCCUCUUCCACCAGUGUUACAUCCCCAUUGCUGUGCUCAACACGGUUGUGUGCACAGCCUUGGCCUGCUACUCCAGGCUUGGCUUACCAUUUCUGCAAUAUAAUCAUGACAUCGUAAAGAGAUUCCCUGAGUACCAGAGCCCAAAGUUUAGCAAAGUCCUCCGUGUCGUUGCAUUCGCCUACCCCUACCUGUUUGACAACAUUCCUCUCUUCUACAGGGUGUUCCUGUGUGUAGGGGAGGGCUGUACAGACAAUGAUACCAACAUCCUCCACUACUAUCACAUCGCACUGGCUUUCCUCACGGGCUUUCUGUUCGCCACACAUUUACCUGAGCGGCUGGCACCUGGCAGCUUUGACUACAUAGGUCACAGCCAUCAACUCUUCCACGUGUGCGGCAUCUUAGGCACCCACUUCCAGAUGAAGGCUAUUGAGCAGGACAUGGUGACACGACGCCCCUGGCUCCUCCAACACUCCAUUCCCAUCACCUUUGCCAACUCAAUGGGUGCAACACUGUUUUGUGUGGUGCUCAAUUUGAGUAUCAUCAUCCUUUUCAGUCUGCCUCUCCUCUCAGCUCCAAUAUGCCAAGAGAAGAAACAUGAUAAGCGUCCAAAGACAGCAUCAGCCAAGGCCUGUGCCUGCUACUGA